AUAAUCAAAAGGAGCCAAACACAAAGAAGAAAGAGUUGCAAAAAUGGAGUGCAGAAAAUUGGAGUUGACCAUUAAUUCUGCAAAUGAUUUAAGAGAAGUAAGAAGAAUUUUCAAAAUGAAAGUUUACGCCAAGGUAUUCAUUGGAGGUAACCAGAUAAUGGAGAAGCGAACUCCAGUAGACAAGCAUGGCCAGACUAAUCCAGCAUGGAAUUACACCAUGAAAUACUCUAUCAGCGAGUCAUGGAUACAUCAUCAUGGAACCAUGCUCGUGAUCAAGCUUUAUUGUAAGCGUAAGCUCGGAGAUAGAUACGUUGGAGAAGUUCAUCAGUCAUUGAAACAACUUUAUGAUUAUGCAUAUCCGAUGGGCGGCAGUGCGAUGGUGUGCUUUCCGGUGCAAAUGGGAUCGGCUGAGUCACAAGGACAACUUUGUUUCACUUAUAGAUUUGGUGAGAAAGUGGCUAUUGAGAAGCAAAUGCUUGCAGAAAGUAUUGCUUCCUUCUUAUUGACCAGUCCUAGUGGUUCAACUUGAUGGGUGCACCCAACCACCACCCUUGCCGUCACCAUCGCAGUUGCUGCAACCACCAUCAUCACCAUUCACCACCCCUUGUAAAUACGUGUAAAUUUGUUGUAAUACUUUCUGAAGACAACUUGAUGAAGCAACCAUUGAAGUUUCGCAUCU